GCUGCUGCUGCUGCUGCCGCCGCCGCCGCCGCCGGCGGCGGGGGAGCGAGCCCCUGCCCUCCGGCUCCCGGCCCGCCCGCGGUUCGCUCCGCAGCAGCCGGCCCGGCCCGAGGCCGCUGCCGGGGGCUCCGCUCCCCCGUCCCUGCCCGGGGCCCGACGCAGCCCGCCGGGCGCCUCCCGCCGUCGCUCCCCUGAGGCGGGACCGUGCCCGCGGCCGCGUCCCUGCCGCGGGAUGAAGAGGAUCUUCGGGUUCGCGAGGAAGAAGAAAGGGCAGCCGCCGUCCGGCAGCGCCUCCCUGCCCUGCCCCGCCGGUGCCUACGAGCUCCGGCAGAAGGACCUGGGCAAGCUGCACCGUGCGGCUGCCAGCGGCGACCUGGCCCAGGUGCGGCAGGGGCUGAAGAAAUACGGCGUCGACGGGCGGGACAAGGCGGAGCGGACACCUCUGCAUCUUGCUUCUGCAAACGGCCACGUGGAUGUCGUUACAUAUCUAGUAGAAAACAAGUGUAAGCUAAAUCUUUUUGACAAUGAUAACAGAUCGCCACUGAUGAAGGCAGUACAGUGCCAGCAAGAAAAAUGUGUGGCUGUUCUGCUACAGCAUGGUGCUGACCCAAAUCUGGCAGAUGCUGACGGCAACACUGCUCUUCACCUUGCUGUCAUAUCUCCUAAUAUAUCUGUAGCAGGGCUGUUACUUGAGCAUAAUGCCAAUAUUGAUGCCCAGAAUAAGGAGGGAUGUACCCCGCUUAUUCUUGCUGUCUCUGAACAUCGUGAAGAGAUAGUAGAGUUUCUCCUCAAAAAAGGAGCUGACGUGCAUGCUCGAGAUCAAUGUGAAAGAACCCCACUUAUGACUGCUGCUUCUGGUGGGGAGCUUAAUUUGAUAAAAGUUCUUCUUCAGUAUGGUGCUGAUGUUUCCCAUAAGGACACUAACGGAUGGACAGCUGAGGAUUAUGCUGUUAUUCAUGGAUAUUCUAGUCUCAGUAAACAACUGGCAGAAUAUGCAGACUGGGAAAACACAGGAGAAGCUUCUGCAGGUGGUGCACAAGGCAUCAUGGUACCUAGCACUCCUCACCGGGUAGGAGCUGCUGGCUUUGCGUUGGGUGCACCUGCUGUGGACAGAGGAGGAAUGCAACAAUCUCCUAACCAGACAUCAAGAACAGGAAAAUCAAGGAAAGCAAUAGAUGACUUUUCCCAAGGAGACUCAAUAAGAAGCUCUGAGAAAGAGGGGAGUGGUGACAGUUGGCAUGCUUCCGAGGAAGAACAACUUGAUUUCACCCCCAAGAAGCUGCAGAAGCCAAACUUGACACUGUUAAUGAACGUUUCCCAGCAGUUCAAGAAAAACAAUGAUGGCGAUGGUUCUAGAAUUGAAAGUCCUAAGUCACCAAAGAAAAGCCUCAAACAAAGAACCCCGUCAGAUGCAAACCUGAACAAAGGAGAAUGUGGAGAAUUGUUGAGUCAAGAUGUCUCAGAUGCAAGCAACCUGGAGGAAGAAGAAUUGGAGGAGGAGGAGGAGGAGGAAGAUGAUGAAAAUGAAGGAGAUGAUGAUGAAGAUUAUGAGGAGGCAGAGGAAGAAGAGGAGGAGGACGAGGAUCUUACACAAGAUGAAAAGGAGGAGGAGGAUCUGGAAGAUGAAGAAACUCAGUCUAACGACAUAUUGGAGGAGGAGCAGGGGGCGAAAACAGAACCUAAAGGGGAAAUCAGUCAGAAAUUGGAGUAUUUUAGUAACACCAAGUAUGAAGGAGAAGCUUGGUGUGGAACUGGAGAUGUCUGUGAUGAUGAUGAUAAAAUAAGUAAAGAACUUGAUGAAAAGGUGGAGGAAUCUGUUGAUACUCCUGUGUCUUUUAUAGCUGGGUGUCACGAAGGGUCGCAAGAAGAUGCAAUUGCCAUGUCUCCAAAGAUAAUGAAUAAUGAAGUAUCUUGCAAGUCAGUACCAAAACAAGCUGUCUUUCAAAAUCUAAAUAAUUUGCAAGAUACACAAGAAAGCUGGAACAGGAAAAGCAUGAUACAGGAGAAGUUUCACAGAAAUGCUGACUCCUGUCUUGCAGACUCUGAAACGACAGACUGGAAAAAAGAGAUACCUCAGCCUCUCUCAGAUAGUUGUGGUCUUAAGGAGAAAAAGUCAAGCUUCAGUGAUGGCUUUGAAAGUGGUAAUAAUUCUUGGUCAGCAGCAAAAAACCCAAGGCUUGAAAGUCAAAGACCGAACCCUGUCAUUCUUGAACGUGUGGGGGAUGAAGAUGCUGAAGAAGAGCAAUCUGAAGAGGUAGAUGAUAAAGUCUGUGAAGCACUGAAACAAGGAAGUGAAAACUUGCACUUAAAUAGGCGUGAAGAAAAUUUAAGAGCAGCAUUUCACUUAAGCACCAAAGCAGAAUCACCUGAAUGGGAAGAAGAGGGGGAGGAGCAGGAGAAGGAAGAUACUGGUGAAGAGCUCCAAACUGCAGUUGUUGAGGGUGUGAAAAAUUCUAUUGGUAAUGAUGGCCAUCAAGUCCACAGUGCUUCAAAAGACAACACUGGUGAGAGAAGUGCCCUGCCAGCAGUGGGAGCAGAGGAAGAGGAAGAUGCUGAAUCUCCCUGGGACUCUGAGACGGAUUCUGGAAGUCCGAGAAAAGUAUCGUCUGGUGUGUUGCUCCCAGCUGCAGACAGACACGGAGCAUGCUUACAGAUUGUUUCAGGGGAACGUGACAAUGGCUUUUCGGAGAAACCCAACAAUUCCCCGCUGAAGACUUCUGAAUCUGUUUUGGAAAUGAAGGAAACCUCUGCUAAAAAAAGGCAGCAGAAAUCAGAUCUAUUGGAGGAAUUUGGUUUAGGAGGUGCAGAGGAUAUUGAAGAUGAGUACUCGGGAUCUACCUUUCAUACGUCAUCAUCAGCUGAAAAAGAAGACACCAAGGAUGCCAUUGAAAAUUGUGGGGCGCGGGAUAAAUAUAUUUUAGAAACUACCAACUUGAUAGAAAAAACAGCACAUGAAAAUCAGACUGACAAAGCAGAAAUUUCACAUCAGGAAGCCCUAGCAGAAAAUGAGGAAUUGCACAGUGCUGACAAGCAGUUAAGUCCAAAACCUUGGGAAGAAAGAUAUGAAAGGAUGUGGGUUGAAAAUGAGAAAAGAGAAUUGAAAACAAAUUUUAAAAACAUUACAGCAGAGCUGAAGCAGCUGUUUGGUGAAAUUAAUGAAACUGGGAAAACUACUUCCCAUGUGGAAGAAAUGUCAGAAGAUGGCUUCAGUGAAGAGUUGAAGAGUUCUCGUGUUGUUUCAUCUCGUGUGAUGGAAUCAAGUAAUAAGUUAGAAACUAAAGGUGAAUUUGGAGAUAUUAAACUUAUGCUAGGUGGAAAAGAACCCAAAAUGGAAAUUGAAAUUCCGAGUCUUGGUGUCCUUCCUGAUCCAAAUAACUUAAAUGCAAAUGUGGAAGAUACCUGGAGUACAGAUGAAGAAGAUAGCACAAACGAUACAGGUAAUACAAAGGUGCCUCUAGCAAAAGGAGAGGAAAAGAAAAUGCCCACUAUGGAAAUGGAAGAGAAUGAAAAUGGAAGUAGUAGAAAUGUAGAGGGAAGUCCUGAAUACUCCCUGAGACAUAGCUUAAAAACAAGUAUUUUGGAUGACGCUUCUAGUAUUCUUCCUAAAAUAAGACCUGUUUCUACAAGCGAUGCAAACACACUUUUUGUAACGGAAAGGAAACUUGGAAAAGACUCUGGAUUUAAUUACGAAGUUCCCGGGGACUGCCUUAUUGACAAUUAUAAAAUAGGAGAAACAGAAAUUGACAGUCUUUUUGCAAAUGCUCGGCAAUCCUGUGGCAUGCGGAAAAGGAAUCUUGACGAAGAACUAAAACAAGAUAUGGAAAGAUUUAAGAGUAAGGUAGGAGUGCUGCAAAUAGUAUUCCUGGCUUUGGAGAAAGAGAAGGUACAGCUGCAAAAAGAGGUUGAGAAGGAAAAAAGCAAAGAAAGAUGUUUCAAAACGCAGGCCGUGGCAAAACAGGAAGAUCUUGAUAAAUUAAAUACACCGACGGGUAUUGUUACUGAUCAGCACAUGAAACAAAAGCUUGCUCUAAGGAAGAAUGACUGUUUGAAACUGCAGAAUGAGAACACUGUAGAAGAAAAAGACAAAAAGAAUUUUUCAUCUGAGGAGAGUUCAAAAUUGAUUAAACUGCCGAUGAAAGGUAAAUUUGCCCUGAAUGCCAAAGUUGCAAAGAAAAAUAAAAGACAGACUUCAAAGCAGAAGGCUAAUCAGCAGAUGAGCACUUCCAGUGGGAAUAAUUUUCAAGUACUAGAUGAUAGCACUUUCAGUGAAACAUCUCAAGAUGAAGGAAGACCUGCAGCAAAAACAGGAAGUGAAAAGAACAAGGUCAGCAUACAAAUGGAUGUAACUGAUGACCUUGACUUAACUCACUCAUCUGACACAAGUUCAGAGGAUGUUGAAUUACCAACUUCAACCUACAAAGAGGCUAUGUUCCUGUUAGAACAGCUUAGUGUGGAUCAUACGGGUUCUGCUAUUUUGUUGAAAAUUCAGAACAUACUUCUUGAAUACGAACAGAUAAUAGAACGUGAAAAAAAUCGGUAUACAGCUGUCUGGAGAGAAGUAAGGAAAUUGGAAAGUGAAAAGGAGGAGUCACAAUUAAUAGUGGAAGAAACUCGAGAUUUGAAAUCCAUAUUGGCUCACCAAGAAUUGGAAUGGAAAAGUGAUAUCCAAAGCCUUAAAUUUACUUUGAAACAAGAAGAGGAAAAGAGGCUCAGAGUAGAAACUCUGUAUGAGAAAAUAGAAAAACUCAGAAGGAAAGAAGAUCAAUAUUGUAAAGAGAUGGAGGAGAAACAGCAACUUGAGUUACACUCAAGGAAUUUAGAAACAGAGUUACUAACACUGCAGAAGCUCUUGAAACAGGUUGAAGAAGAGCGUGAUGAAAUACAGAGACAGCUCUCUCAGGAAAAGAGUGCCAGAGCCCUGCAAGAAGAAAUUUUGAACAACCACCUUUGGAGACAAAAGGAAUUGGAAGAAGAGACAAGAAGAACUAUAGGAAAAAAUUCAGAGUUUACCAGUGUAACUUCACUGUUAAGACUUAGGCACCAGGAGGAAGAAGGAAAAUAUUUAGAGGAAAAUGAGACCUUGGAAGAAAAAAAUGAAGAUCUCAAAAAGGAACUUAAACUGAACGAGGAAGCCUUAACACACACGGUUUUUCAGUACAGUGUACAGCUGAACUUAUUAAAGACAGAAUCUGCAGUGCUAACUUCCAAACUUGAGCAGACGAAAGAAAGCAAAGACAGACUAGAGACAGAAAUUGAAUCAUUUCGUUCCCGCCUGAACACUACUGUUCAAGAACUUGAACGUCAUCAGUCAUCAAAAAGUGAUGUCGAACGAACAUUUCAGAGAGAAUGCGAUGAAUGGCUUCGCUUGCAAGACAAGCUUCAUCAUGACCUCUCUGAUGUGUGAGAAACCAACAAGAGCUUGUCUCAGCAGCUGAGUAAAGCUGAAAGCAAAGCUAAUAGUCUAGAAAAUGAGCUUCACCAGUUGAAACAAACACUCCGAGAAAAAACAUUGCUUUUAGAAAUGACACAAAAAGAAUUAAGUCAAGCCCAGUGUCAGGCAAAGGAAUGUGAUGAUGCUCAACAACUUGAGAAAGAUCAAGUAAGCAAACUUGUAAUAAAGCAGGAAUCCAUGCAGGAAUCCAUGCAGGAGCGAUUGGCCCAGCUCCAGAGUGAAAACCUUUUACUCCGUCAGCUAUUGGAAGAAGAUAUGCAGAACAAGGGGAUCAUCAAAGAAAAAGUAGUGAAUGAUGUGCAGGACCGGUUUAAUGAUAUUUUCAACAAACUCAGAGCUGAUACCGAAAAGCAAGUUUACCUAGUGGAAGAGAGAAACAAGGAAUUAAAUGCUAAGUGUACUGAUUUAAGAGAACAAGUCUUUAAAUACGAGACUGACAAAGUAGAAAGAGAGGGCAUGGUCAGACAGCUGCAGCAGGAGCUUGCCGAUGCUCUUAAAAAGCAAUCUAUGUCAGAAGCUUCACUUGAAGUUACCAUGCGCUACUGCAGUGACCUGGAGGAAGACAAGCUGCGCUUGCAAAAGGAACUGGAAAAGGUUAAAACUAAGUUGCGGGAGUUGGAAGAACAGCAUCUUCAGUCUGAGCGUUGUGUUCGUGAAUUGGAGACUGCCUUGGAUAAUAAGGAAAGGGAAGUAAUAGCUUCUACCCAGAAACUGCAGGACCUCCUGUUGGCAUCUUCUGGGAGUAAUACGACUAGAAAACAACUGGAAGAACAUGUGCAACGCCUUGAAAUUGAAAAUGCCAGACUGGAAGCCACAGUCCAGCACCAAAACAAUAGGAUUGAAGCCCUUCAGAGAGACCUGCAAGCCUCUGCCUCAGUAAGCUGUAGGCUGCGGGACCUGUUUCCAUUUAAGUUACUGCUUUCUACUGCAGUGCUGUCUUUCCAGUCACCUUAGUUUCUUCUUUUGCCGCUGUUGCUUUCACAGAUGCAAAAGCAGAAUGUGCUGCCUCUGACAUCAGAGGACUCCCACAGCAUGUGGGAAGAGCACUUGAAGUCAAGAUCCCACCUUGAAGAGCGUGUUGCUCAGCUUGACAGAGAAAAGGCUGAACUCCUGGAACAGUGUGAGACUGAAAGAAAGAAAGUGAAGAAGCUGGUAGAGUUGAAACGCCCAGUCGAACUGCGUCUGGACCAAGAAAUGAAAAGAAACAUCGAACUGCAGAAAGACUGUAAGAGGUUGAAGAGGCUUCUGAGCAGAUCUAUGAGAAAACUAAGCAUAUAUGAGGAGAGAGAGAUGAAGUCCCAGCUUAGUUUACAGAGAGAAAUGAAGAACAGCUAUUCUGAAACGGUCAAUGAAGUUGGUAGAUUAAGAACAAAGGUUGGUGAACUUUCCCAGCAGCUGGAGAUAGAGUCUAAAAAAUGCAUGCAGCUAGAAGCACAAAAUCAGGGUUUGCGAGAAGAGUUGUCCACCAUGCGUGGGAACCAUGAAAAACUGGAGAAGAGCAAAUGCCAGCUGAAAGAAGAGGUGGCUAACCUCAAACAUCAUUUGGAGACUAACAUGGUGGAUCGCAGCCAACUAGAACAAUAUAAAAGAGAGAUGGAAGAACGAGCCGGACAAGAGAUAAGACAAAAGCUACAAGAAGUCAAUCUGUUUUUGCAGACGCAGGCAGCCUCCCAGGACAGAUUAGAACAAAUCAGAGCCAGUCAUCACGCUUCACUGAGAAACCAGCUAAAAGACAGAAUUGGAGAUCUUGAACGUGCAUUGGACAGAAUAAAAAAUACGGAACAAGACAGUAUUCUUCAAAAAGAAUCCAUGCAGGCAGAAGUGGAAAGGUACAAAGAGCUGUACCUGGAGGAAGUAAAAAUAAGAAGAUGCCUAGCAAAUAAACUGGAAAGAGCUAAUGAGAGACUAGCAGAAGCCAAUGCUAAGCUCCUUCAGGAGCGCCACAGAAGCAGACCUUUCAUCGCAAGCAGCAUUGUCAGUGGAGGUCUGGCUGCAAGUCCAGUUCUGUGUGCAACUGAAGUGGGACAUCUUGGCAACCAUUUGGCACUGAACGGAAGUCUAAGUCUAGGAGGAAGUUUCCUAAGCCAAAUCAGGAACGCAUUAUCGUCAAGAAAGAGGGUUGAAGCCUAUGUGGCUAAGGUACAGCAGGAACUGGAGGAAAAAAUCACUAAAGAACUUGAAGAGGCCACUGCUGAACUUGAAACUGGAUCUGCUGGAGCUUCUCCCAUGGUAUCUGCUGAUGGAUCUUCAGGAAAUGUCCAUGUUGACCAGGAUCCCCUUUGAAGGGCAAUACAGGAGUACCGUGAUGUUUUAGCCAAAAAUCAUCUGAUUUGAACAAAAUGCUAGGCAAAGGCUCGGGAAAUAAUUUUGUUUACAUCGCGCAUCUGUGGUUUCCCAUCCUUCAGAUUGUUCAGAUGUGAAAACGUGUUUUUUUUUUAUUAUCUGAAUAUAAAUGCUAAGUCUAUUAAAUGGAUGUCAAGCA